AUGGACGAGGCGUCGUGGUCGUCGUUGGUGGGAGAAUUGAUAAGGAAGGAAGUGGGAGAUUGGGACGAUGAGUUAAUGGCGAAUGCGAGAUUCAAGGCGUUUAGCGGCCAGAGGUCCGAUUGGGAGCAUAAGUACUUGUUCUGGAGGGACUUGAUCCUCAAGGUCGCUCGGCACCUCGGUCUUUUUAUCAUUCGUCCUUCCCAGCUUAUAUCCUUGUCCUCUACCUCCCUUCCCAAUUUGGAAGAGUUUUUCUUCCCAUUUUUUCGCACAAUAGUUAUAGCGGAAGGAAGUAGUUUUAUGGCUGCUUUUUGA